AUGAGCUCCAGAGGCAGCGGCGGCGGCGGUGGCGGCCGCACCAACGGCUCACUGCCCCAGACCAAGAUCUGCCAGUUCAAGCUGGUGCUGCUGGGGGACAUGGCCGUGGGCAAGUCCAGCCUGGUGCUGCGCUUCGUCAAGGGCCAGUUCGACGAGUUCCAGGAGACCACCAUCGGGGCUGCUUUCCUGGCCCAGUCCGUGUGUCUAGAUGACACCACGGUGAAGUUUGAGAUCUGGGACACCGCAGGACAGGAGCGGUACCACAGCCUGGCGCCCAUGUAUUACCGCGGAGCUCAGGCCGCCAUCGUCGUGUUUGACAUCACCAAGCCGGACACGUUUGAGCGAGCCAAGGCCUGGGUGAAGGAGCUGCAGCGACAGGCCAGUCCCAACAUCGUUAUCGCUCUGGCUGGGAACAAGGCCGACCUGGCCGAGAAGAGACUGGUGGAGUACGAGGAAGCUCAGACGUAUGCUGACGACACCGGCCUGCUCUUCAUGGAGACCUCGGCCAAGACGGCCAUGAACGUCAACGAGCUCUUCCUGGCCAUCGCAAAGAAGAUGCCAAAGACCGACACCCAGAACCCGACACACGCAGCGCGGCACCGCGGCGUCAACCUGCAGGACCCGGACGCUCACUCCACCCGGGCCUGCUGCGGUGGGAACUAGACCUCCACCACUCCCCCCCAGUGCUCCCACCAUCCUCUCCACCACAGCCCGUCACCCCUCCCGUCUCCCGGCCCCGGGCGCGAGGUGGGGUAACCCAGUAUCUACUCACCCACCCCCCCUCCUUUCAUCCUCCUGUCCGAACAAACAGAUAAUUUAAAAAUGAGAGAAUGAGGCGCGAUGGUUCACGUCCGUGUCUCCUGAGCGACUGAGAUCCUGCAUUCUGAAACCGAGGGCAGGUUUAGAGACGACUGAGACAGAGAAGUGCAAAAUAAAGAAAGUGGAAGACGGUGGCAAAGCCUGUUGUAGUAUUUAGCACUAAUAACCGUGAGUUUUUCUUUUUGUUUCCACUCGGCCCGGCCACGUUUCAGCCUUGUUUGAUUGUGUGAAGAUACACAAACUGAGACAGAAAAAAAAGGCGCAAGCAUCUGCUCCUCCUGAACCAAUCAGAUCCCGCUGUGAAUAACUCCACAUGCUGUAUAUGAAUGAGCCCAUGACUCCUAAAACCCUCCGUGUCCUGCCUGGCGCCCCCUGGUGUCAGUGGUACCAUCCAUCAGACCUAUGGCACAGUUUAUCCAACAGAAGUUCAUUUGUGUGUAUUUGUUGUCCGGUGUUUUUGACUUGACCGCUUGUAGUGAUGCUCCACUCACACUCCUUUAGUCCAUGUGAAGCAAAUGGUUCGGCACACCUUUUUUUUCUGGA